AGAUUCAUUAGGUAUAAGGUAAAGGGGGGACACAAAAAACUACAUUCCCCAGAGUCAAGACAGCAUCCGUACUAGAUAUGUGUAUGUUAUCGACGUGCUCAAUGUGAAAAAGGCUAGCUAUCGGUGGACUCAGUGAUGGAUUUUCCAGAAGACUUUAACCAGCUUGACUUACUAGAGUCUCAUGGUCACAUGAUCCCAGUAGGGUCAAAGAGCAGCUGGGUGGAUGAGGAGGAAGGAGAUGAUGAUGAAUCUUGUCACACUGAAGAAUGGUAUCAACAACAAGAGUUUAAAUUACAAAACACUCCAACUGAACUGAUAUUAUGGGCCGCUGAGAGAAACAGAUUAGAAACAGUAAAAAAAGCCCUCGCAUUGGACCCAACACUUGUUAAUUGUCAUGAUAGUGAUGGGUACACCCCUCUACACCGUGCUGCUUACAGUGGCCAUCAUGCUGUGGUUUCUGCUCUUUUGAGUGCUGGAGCGAAUCUUCAUGCAAGAACUACUGAUGGUUGGAUGCCGCUACAUAGUGCCUGUCGUUGGGGCCAUGCCGCUGUGGCUUCGUGUCUUUUGAAUUGGGGGGCAGAGGUCAAUGCCUUGACAGCGGGGCGACUCACACCCCUACAACUGGCUGCUGGAAAUACUGUAGCUGGGCAGACGAUUGAGUUAUUGCUGUCACAGCGCACACUACAGGCAGGACUGAAAAACAGUGCAGGAGAGACUGCUUAUGACAUUGCACAUCGCACAAGUGAACAUCAUAGGCUGUUUGAGAUGGCAGAGCCUUGUAAUAAAAUUUACUGACACACGUGUGCAUAGGGUGAUAUUGUGAUAUCAAGCUUAGAAAUGUCUUAUUUAUAAAUGUAGAUGUGAAACUACUGUCUUUCUAUGAAUAGUAGAGGACAUUGACAUAAAAAAACCUGAUCAUCAGAAUGCAGGAAAUAAGCAGAUGUUCACAACGUGUAAUUAUUAAUUAUAGUCAAAAAUUAUAAGCAUGUCUUUGCAUGUGAGGGUGCAUUUUCAGUGCCCAGUGUGCUUAAAAUCACAGCUCCGCUCACAACAUUCUGAAUAUAUGAAAAUAUUCCUGAUGGUAUUAUACAUUAUUAUUAAAAAGCUUCCCUUUUUAAACUUGAA